AUGAGUUUAACGACGUAUGAGCAUGCUCUUUCGUUAUGGAAGCAAGCUGGCUUUAGUGGCUUGCAAUCCAUGCUUGAUGAAAGCAUUUCAAAAAUAAAGGAUCUUGAAGGUACAUCGCUAGAAUCAAGAAAAGUGCUAGCAACAGAGACGAAACAGUUCAAGAAAUUACCUGAUGAUGAAAAGCUCAGCCAGAUUUUGAAAUUGGUAAAGCAGUAUCAAAAGGAAAUUGAUUCUUUAACGGCAAGGUCGAAUUUCUCGGAGAAAGUUGUAAUUGAGCUUUAUGAGAAAUUGAUUGAACAGCCAGAUCCAACUGGGAUAAUACAGUCUAUGAUAGACGAAUUGAGGAAAGAAGAUGGCAGCGUUAAUGAGCUCAAAGCUGAGAAUGAGCGCUUGUCGGCAAUUGUUAGCAAGAGUGCCGAUUAUGACUCAGUGAAAAAGAGAUUAUUCGAUCUUGAACAGAGUUCGGCUAAGACAUUGUCCAAGAGACUAGUCGCUAAGGAGAAGGAGAUAACUUCUAAAUGGGAGGAGAAAGAGAGAAACUGGAAUAGUAGAGAGCAGGAGUUGCUGAAGCAAUUGGAAAAUAUGAAGAAUACCAAUGCUGCUUUGGAGAAGAAGAUUGGUACUCAGCGUAGCUUGGAGAAUGAAGGAGACGACGAUGAUAUUGUUUUUAUUGAUGGAGCUAAUAGUGCUCAAACAGAACUUCUAUCUCAGGAGUUAGAGGCUGCUCAGGUCCGUAUCAUGAGUCUCGAAUCUCGUAAUGAGGAAUUGAACGCCGAGGUUGCAAAAUCAAAGAAUGAUGAACAGCACGAUUCGGAACUCCAGGAGAAAGAGGACAAGCUUAACCAAUUAGAGAAUGAGAAUGCCAAGUUAGUUGCCUGUUUAGAUGAGGAACGUAAGAGUGCCAAGAGGAAGUUGGAGACCAUUGAAUCUCAGUUGAACUCUUUUACCCUUGAGGCCAACACAUACAAAGCUGAAUUGGAUACGCUAAGGCGUAAAAUGAGCAAUUAUUCUGACUACGAAAGGAUCAAGGAAGAAUUGAAUGCGAUGAAGAAGAUUGAGUUUGGUGCCAGCAGCGAUGAAAAUGAUAGCGAUGAUGGCAAUGAAGAAGGCGAUCCAGUGGUGGCUUCUUUGAAGCAUGCGAACCAAAAACUCCAAAACAAUUUAGUCAAAGUGAACACAGAAAAGAACAAAUAUAUGAAGGAGGUUAACACGUUGAAGAGUAACAUUGACACACUAAACGCCAAGAUUCAAAAGUUGGAGACACUGAAUGCUAAACUUGAAGCAGAUAUUGAGAAGGUGGAAGACGUAACGAACCAGUUCUCAGAUACUCAGUCGAUGAUGUCAGGUGCAACAAGACAAAUUAGCAACAGACACAAAACUACCGAGAAGCUCUCACCUACAAGUUCUAUUAUUGGAAUACCGGAAGAAAGAGAGAUGGACAGUUUCUCUGGAAAUCUUAACAAUUCGUCUUCCAUUCUCCCCAUUGUCACCAAGCAGAGAGAUAGAUUCAGGGCCAAGAAUUUGGAACUUGAGAGUCAAUUGAAGAGCGUUAACCAAGAACAAAUUAAAUUAAGGACUCAGGUAAAGGAGUUGAAAACAGACAAUGCAAGACUAUACGAGAAGGUCAAAUUGCUCACAACAUAUUCACACAACAGCAAUGACGGAGAUUCCAGUAAUGGGAAUAUCAAUGCUGCUGCUGCUGCCGCUGCCGCUACGACUGCCAGUGCGACACUUGACUUGGAAUCACCGUUCACCGAGGAGUAUGAGGAAUCAUUACAUCCACUAUCAGGGUUCAAGCAAAAAGAGUUGGAUAGAUACGAGAGACGUAAUAUGCCACCCAUGGAGCGACUAUUUUUGAGUCUUGCGAAAGUCAUUUUGGCCAACAAGAAGACAAGAAUGCUCUUUAUGCUUUAUUGCAUUGGGUUGCACGCUCUAGUAAUGAUAAUGACGAUCUACGUCACAAGUUUCACGAACUACAUAACGCCAGAGGUUCGUUCGGCGAAAGGCACGAUGAUCAAAACAAACGAGUAG